AUUUUUCUUCCCUUACAAUUUCCCUCCUCCCCAAUUACAGCUUCAGAACAGUGGAAGGGGAAAAAAUCCCAGAAAGCAACAAAAGCAGCCGCUUUCUCUGCUUCUCCCUACCAAAACUCGGACCUUAGAUUCUCCGAAUUCUAGCAUUUUCCGCGACCACUUCUCGAGUGGGUACCCAUAAUCUUCCUCGAAUUUAAAUGGGUUUUUCUUAAUAUCGUAAAAAUUUCUGUCUUUUUACUUCUGAGUGCCAGUAGCUGUUCAUACUGUUUCUCCGUUGAUGUGGAGCUGAAAAGAAUGGCGGCCAAGAUGAAUUCCUCAUUUUCCUGUGUUUCUACGUAUCUUUCGUCGCCUUUUCAGGGAAAGGCAAAACUGAAGUUGCGAUCAAGGCUAGGACUGUUUGACAGGCACUAUCUCAGUACAGAAAGUUUGAGUGAUAUUAAAGUUGUUAAGUCAUGCAAGCUCAUACAUGGAAAGCUUACAGUAAAAGGAAUCUUAUCAAAGACGAAAUGCAUUCUCUUUGCCACCUCUGAAGAUCAGCAAUAUUUCAGUGAGCUUGAACAAGAUGAUUUUGAACCACCUCCGGAAAUAUUUCCUAUGAUGGAGCUGGUGGACGACCAGGAUUUAUUUCAUUUUAUGGAGCUAUAUCAAGAAGAGAAGAUACAAUUCUGGUUCCUAGCCAGACAAAUAAUCAAAAUAACCUAUUGUGGCUCUUCGGUCCCACAGUCCUUGUUGCAUCAUUUGUCUUUCCUUCACUUUACUUGCGCAGAAUACUCUCCUCAAUAUUUGAGGAUUCUUUAUUAACUGAUUUUCUGAUUUUAUUCUUUACGGAAGCCCUUUUCUACUGUGGAGUUGCUGUUUUUCUUCUCCUGAUAGACUAUCUGAGGAGGCCUAAGGAUCUCACAUAUGCUGCAACAAGCCGAAACCUUGUCCCUCAUUUGGGAUACCGUAUAUCUUCCGUAGCUGUCUUGGUUCUUAGUCUUAUAAUCCCAAUGGUGACUAUGGGAUUUGUCUGGCCUUGGACUGGCCCAGCAGCUUCUGCUACUCUGGCUCCCUACCUGGUUGGCAUUGUUGUCCAAUUUGCAUUUGAGCAAUAUGCAAGAUAUAUUGGGUCGCCUUCAUGGCCUGCCAUACCAAUAGUCUUCCAAGUUUAUAGGUUGCACCAACUGAAUAGGGCAGCACAACUGGUAACUGCUCUCUCUUUCACGUUGAAAGGAGCUGAGAUGACACCACACAACGUGGCUAUAAAUGGUUCGUUAAGUACACUUCUGAAUGUCCUUCAGUUUCUCGGCGUCAUCUGUAUUUGGUCACUUUCGAGUUUCAUCAUGAGAUAUUUUCCAUCUGCCUCCACUCAGCAAUAAGACAUUAGGGGAAGUUGGAACUUAUUGCAUAUUCAUCUUUUUGGAAUUGACUAAUAGUACUUGUAAUUGUCAUAAUUCAUAGUCGGAUAUAUAUUGUGGUUGUUGAACAAAUUUGAAGGUAAAUCAAUAAUAAAGAGUACACACCCACCAUUGAGUAUAUUCA